AUGACGCGCACAUUCUUGACAAAGAUUCUCCGCAAUGCGCCCCGCCAAUAUAUUACCCCUCGAAAUUUCCUUGCGCGUGGUCGAGCACUUCCAAUCAUUCGAUCAAGCGUUAUUUAUCAACCCUUCCGCUCAAUCGCAACGUCAAAUAGAGUAGGCAAAGGACUUUCUCCAGAAUCUGAGAAUCCUAAGCCUAAGGUAUUGGAUAGCAAGGAAGAGUCAAAGCAAGCCGCCGACCUCACUCAAGAACAAUACAACGAAUUGUCGGAUGAGUACAUGGAUACGAUUGUUGAAAAGCUAGAGGCAUUACAAGAAGAGAGAGAAGACAUUGAUGUUGAGUACAGCGCGGGAGUUCUUACUCUCUCAUUCCCACCCAUCGGCACGUAUGUCAUCAACAAGCAACCACCCAACAAGCAAAUUUGGCUUUCUUCUCCAACCUCUGGUCCAAAGCGCUACGAUUUUGUGAUUACAAGCGAAGGUCAAGAUUCAAAAGAAGGCACAGGAUCAGGGGAGUGGAUAUACUUGAGAGAUGGCUCUUCUUUGAGCGAAUUGUUGUUGAAUGAAGUGGGUGUCGACUUAUCAAAUUCAUAUACCGCUGAGAUGCAAGGAGAAGAGUGA